AUGUCAAUGCCACCACCACCAGCUCCCAACAAAGGUAAAUCACCUUUACUUACAGCUACGAAAUCACCUACAGGAUCAGCUUCAUCCAAAUCACCUACUUCAUCACCCAGUACAGCUAGAUCACCUCGGAUAAAACCAUUACCAAUGACAGGUAUACCAGCAACUUCCUCCGCCAAUGAUGAUAAAAAUCGAUUACCUGUAGAUCCAGAGGUCUUGGCAAAUGCUGUCUCGAAAUUGGAUAUGAUAAGAUCUGCGCCUGCACCGAUGUCACAAGUUAAUUCACCUGCAGUGACUCCAGGUGCAAGUGGUGCUUCAUCUCCCAAAUUCUUUGGUGCGACGGGAAACGGACCUAGUAUACCAGGUACUUUGGAAAGAUUACCUAGUACAGAUGGGAAAGCAAGUGUUCCUGGUACACCUCAUUUUGGUGCUCAAAGUGAACUGUUGAGAACAUUAGAUGAAAGUACAAGGAUACUCAGACAAAACUCUAAAGCUCCUUCAAGAGCACCCUCCGUAUCUGGUAUAGGCACAGUAGUGGAAAAACCUGAUUAUUCAGAAGCCAAGAUCGUAGUCGCAAUGGUGGGAUUACCUGCAAGAGGGAAAUCAUACCUUAGUAACAAACUGAUGAGGUAUCUUAGAUGGCUCGAAUAUAACGUUGAUGUAUUUAACGUCGGUCAAUUGAGAAGAUCUAAAGCCAGAUCAGCGUUGAAGGAAGGUAAAGAGAAGGUGGAUCAUUCAGCGACGUACUUUUCACAUUCAAACGCACAAGCUACACAGAUCCGUGAACAACUCGCAAAUGAAACUCUUGAAUCACUCAUAUCAUGGUUGAAGAAGAAUGGUAAUGUUGGAAUCAUGGAUGCAACCAAUAGUACCAGAGAGAGGAGAGAAUGGAUUAGACACCGAGUAGCACAAGAGCCAGAUCUUCAAUUGAUGUUCUUGGAAUCAUUUUGUGAUGAUCCAGUCGUCAUAGCUGCCAAUGUAGCGUUAAAAGCUUCUUCAGGUGAUCCAGAUUACGCUGGAAUGACAAGGGAAGAUGCAGAAAGAGAUUUUAGGAAAAGAAUAGAACAAUAUGAAAGUGUUUAUCAAACUAUAACAGAACCUGAUAUAUCCUACUGUAGGAUAUUGAAUGUCGGUCAAAGAGUUACGAUAAAUAGAAUUCAAAGUUAUCUGCAAUCAAGAGUCGCUUUUUACUUGAUGAAUUUACAUCUCAAACCUAGGAGUAUAUACCUAUCAAGACACGGAGAAUCGAUGUAUAAUGUUUCAGGUGCGAUAGGAGGAGAUUCCGAUUUAUCCCCGCAAGGUUGGAAGUAUGCAGAAGCUUUACCUGCUUUGAUAAGAGAUAACAUCGGUGAUGGACCUUUGGAAGUUUGGACUUCUACUUUGCAACGUACUCAACAGACCGGUAGUUUCUUACCAUUCGAAAAGAAAACAUGGAAAUCUCUUGAUGAAUUGGAUGCAGGUGUGUGCGACGGAAUGACUUACGAGGAAAUCGAGGAAAAGUACCCGGAGGAUUACGAAUCUCGUGAUGAGGAUAAAUUCAACUAUCGUUACAGGGGUGGAGAAUCUUAUAGGGAUGUGGUGGUUCGACUUGAACCCGUUAUCAUGGAGUUGGAAAGACAAGAGAAUAUCUUGAUCAUUGCUCAUCAAGCUAUUUUGAGAUGCCUGUAUGCUUAUUUCCACGGGAAAUCUCAAGAGGAAUUACCUUACAUCAAGAUCCCUUUACAUACAUUGAUAAAGAUAUCACCUCGUGCAUAUGGAUGUCACGAAGAAAGAUAUCCAUUACCUAUAGCAGCAGUAGAUACUCAUCGACCUAAACCAAAAACCAAAAAACCGACUCCCAGCGUUCCGCCUCCAGUAGGUGAAGGUGAACCUGGAUCAGAAUCAGAACCCAAAGGUGAUGCAGCGACAGAAGCACAUGAAAAUCACCAAAAUAACCAAAUCGCAAGAGAUUACUUCGGCGAUAAAGGAGGUAAAGGAGUGGGUGUGAAACCAGAAAGUGUAUCUAGGAUAUUGGAAGAAAAGGUUAAACAAGGUGAUAUCAGACCUUCUGCUAUUGGAGAUCAUAAUGAAUGA